GCAACAACAACGAAUGAAAUCCCUCGUUACUUAGUGUAGCCUUCGCCACAUGGUGACACUUUCCAAAAUUUUUGUGUUCAAAAUAUUUAAAUAUUAUAAGCUUUCCUUAUAAUAUUUUACAUUUUACAUUAUAUUUUAUUCAAUACCUAUAUUCUUCGUACACAAGACCAAUCCAUUUAUUCAAUAUCAGUCAGGAGACGUACAAGGUUUCGAGAUGUGGUAUACCCAUAGUUUUCGUAAAUUUUCAAGAUCCCAUGCAAGAUGUGCGGAAGCGAUGAAAAGAUCUGUAGAGCGAGAUUUAAAGGAGGGAAUGGAAAUUGAAGGCUUUCUAGUGAACAAGGUGGGUUUUGUGCCAGAAUUCAAUAUGUCCAUGACACGACUGAGGCAUGUGCGGACUGGAUGUGAUUAUUUACAUCUGGCGCGUGAUGAUAAGAACAACGUUUUCUCUGUCAGUUUCCGGACUACACCUACAGCCUCAACUGGAUUGCCGCACAUCCUAGAACAUACUACACUUUGUGGGAGUCACAAAUACCCCUGCAGGGACCCAUUCUUCAAGAUGUUAAACCGUUCCAUGGCCACAUUUAUGAACGCUUUUACUGGACCGGAUUACACAAUGUAUCCGUUUGCAACGCAAAAUCGCACUGAUUUUAACAAUCUAAUGUCAGUUUACUUGGAUGCAGUCUUUAGGCCCAAUUUGAGAGAGCUUGACUUUAAACAAGAAGGUUGGCGGCUUGAGCACGAGAACAUAAAUGACCGAAGCAGUCCUAUUAUUUUUAAAGGUGUUGUUUUUAAUGAAAUGAAGGGUGUUUUUUCAGAGAACCAAUCAAUAUUUAGUGAGGCGCUUUUAAACAACAUCCUCCCUUCCCAUACAUACGGUGUGAUAUCUGGUGGUGACCCCAAAGUCAUACCUAUGCUGACUUAUGCUGACUUAAAAUCCUUCCAUAAAAAAUACUACCAUCCAUCCAACUGUAGGAUUUAUAGCUAUGGAAGCUUUCCUCUUCAAGACACACUUCAUUUCAUAAAUAAAAAUUAUCUGGCUGACUGGCCUGAUUUACAAGACUAUGGAAAAGCGACAAAAGUUCCAUCUGAGCCACGUUGGGAAACAGAAAGAAGAAAAAUGAUAUAUUGUAGACCUGACCCAUUUACAAGCAACUUGAGAAAACAAUCGACUAUUGCCGUUUCUACGCUCUGCAAUGAUAUCCGAUCGCCUCAAGAAACUUUUGUUAUGCAAGUUUUGUCUGAAUUGUUAGUUAAAGGUCCCAAUUCGGCUUUUUAUAAAACUCUAGUCGAGCCCAACAUAGGUGGUGGUUUUAAUCCUGUCACUGGUUAUGAUGCACAGACCAGAGAUAGUAUAUUUUCUGUUGGCCUUUCUUGUGUAGAUCCAAAUGAUUUUGACAAUAUAGUAGAGAUUUAUCAUAAAACUAUCGACAGAGUCAUAGAAGAAGGGUUUGAUGAAAACAGCAUUAAAAGUAUAUUGCACACCAUCGAACUGAAUACAAAACAUCAGUCUGCUGACUUUGGGCUAGGUGUGUUGUUUGCUAUUACUCCAAUUUGGAAUCAUGACGGUGAUGUAACUAAGAUGUUAAAAGUUAAUGACAAGGCAAUGAGAUUGAGAAAAUGCUUGGCCGAUAACCCUCUGUACUUUCAGGAUCUGGUUCAAGAAAUGCUCAAAGAUAAUGCUCAUCAGCUGAUUUUGACAAUGAGCCCUGAUGAAGAGUAUGAGGCAAAAGAUAUUGCUGCUGAAAAUGAACUGCUUAAGCAGAAACUCGCAAAUAUUCCUUCUUUACAGAAAGACAACAUAUUUACUCAAGGGUUGGAACUUGCCAAAGACCAAGAAAUGAAACAAGAUGUUAGUGUCCUGCCUACGUUAACCAUAUCCAAUUUAAACAGUGAUGUAGAUCGAGUUAAACUCAAAGGAUACGCGAUUCAUAGAGUACCUACACAGGUAUGUUUGCAUCCUACUAAUGGUCUCACUUAUUUUAGAGGUAUAAUCAAUGUUAAGAUUUUAUCCGACGAAGCAAAAAAUGUCCUUCCAUUGUUCUGCUCUGUUGUUACAAAAAUGGGUACCAAGCAUUACGACUACCGACAAAUGGACCAGCAGAUACAGUUGAAGACAGGAGGUAUCUCGUUUUCACCUCAUAUCGCAGAAAAUAUUUAUGACACAAAUUCUUAUGAAGAGGGAGUCGCAUUUUCAUCAUUCUGCCUUGACAGGAAUAUAAAGGCAAUGAUGGGUAUCUGGUCAGAAAUAUUCAAUUCGGUGAAUCUGCAGGACCAAAAACGAUUUGAGACCCUUGUAAAAAUAACAGCCUCUAAUGUGAUCCAUGGCAUCGCUGACAGUGGCCACCUCUAUGCCCUUUCUAUGGCUGCAUCUUUGAUUUCAUCCUCUUCACUCAAAAAAGAGCAGUUUAGUGGUCUCACCUUUGUUCAAACAAUGAAGGAAUUAUCACAAAAGAGUAAUUUAUCUGAUUGUUUAGAAAUGUUGAAUGGUAUUGCUGAUGUAAUAUUGAAGAAAAAAUUAAUGCGGUUAGCACUUAAUACUAGCCCAGAAACAGAGGAUAAAAUUUUACCUUGCACUGAGGGAUUUUUAAAAAGUAUUCCCGGCGAUUUCAAACGUCCUUUUGAGUUGUCUAAACCGGAAAGCUUUAAAAAGGGCAUUUAUGCGAUUCAUCACAUUCUGCCAUUCCCUGUAAGUUAUGCUGCUUAUUGCCUUCCAACUGUCGAGUACACACAUCCUGAUUUUCCCAUACUCAGAGUGAUGGCAAGACUGUUGACUUCCAAAUACCUCUUAGUAAAAAUCAGAGAAAAAGGGGGUGCUUACGGGGCUGGUGCAAAUGUGUCGACUGCAGGCAUUUUCAGCUUUUAUUCUUACAGAGAUCCAAAACCUUUUGACACCUUCAAUACGUUCAAUGCCGCUUUCGAGUGGCUGAGGUUAGGAGAGUUUACAGACCAAGACGUUGAGGAAGCCAAAUUGGGUGUGUUUCAGUCGAUAGAUGCACCGAUUCCACCAGGAUCCAGGGGUGUACGCAAUUUCCUCUUUGGUAUCUCAGAUGAUGAGCUACAGCGUCACAGGGAGAUAAUAAUGCGGCUGAAAAAGGAUGAUGUUAUCAGAGUGGGCUCAUACUUGAAUUCGGUCACCCAAGGUCGAGCCCUGAUCGGCCCAUCAAAUCCGUCCAUAUUAGGAAGAACUAAAGAAAACUGGGUUAAACGGAUAACAGAAUAAAUUUUCUUGACUCCAA